UACGAUUAAAAAAGAACGGAUUUAACAGCGAAAAGGCAGUUUCUUUUGUCUUGUUUCUAAGGACGAGGGCACGAAGAACGCAGAAAUGACAGGACGGGCCUUUUUAGCUGGCCUCCUCUUGGUACUUUGCUUAGCCGAAGUGGAUGUGGCUCAUGGAUAUGAAAAGGACCCGUGUUCUGAUUAUCGCACACUGCGUGGCGCUGAUCGUGCAGCAGGGUUCAACAAGCUGACAAGGAAAUCAGAUAAACGGAAAACAUGGAAAGAGGACUGGUACCGAUUUACUGGUGACGCAGGAAACAAAAUGGCCACCAUUGACCAAAAUGGAGGUGGCUGCUUGAAGUCUCCUGCAUGUGGCGCCAAGUUUCCUGCCUAUCUUCUCAAGCCACACCCUGAUAACUUGAAGCCUGGGGAGAGUACCCAAGCCACGGUUUGCUAUACAACUAGGAAGACUUGCUGCGGAAAGACUCAGUACAUAGAGAUCAGNUGUCGUCUAUAA